AUGGCUAACACACACUCGGUCGUCCAAGCGAGCAACAUGGCUCUCCGAGCUGGUGAAGGAACACGCACCCCCAACCUUUCCGACCGUGAGCGCCGUGCGAUGAGACGACGUAUUGGCAUACCCGUGUCGACGUCACCCACCCCACAAAUCGUUGCUCAAGGCAAGCGUCAUCCAAAGCACAGGAUUGAUUCGGAUUCAGAAUUUGAGGAGGACACAAGCAGUGAGGAAUACACAACUUCUGAUGAGGCCGAUUCCACAACCGACGAUCACCUGGUUCCCAGCCAGCGCAGAGGUGCUGCAAGAGCCAACCCUGAGCAUUCCAGCAACAUGGUCUUGCUCCAGGACAGCAAGUUCUCUGCGGACCGCACCGACAUGCGUCUCUGGCACGAGCUUCGAUAUGUCAGGUCUCUGUGGUCGCGAGAAGAGCAGGACCAGCUGCUAAAGGAUUGCCUUGCCGUCACCGAUGAGGCUGAGCUCCAGUCCGUCAGCAAUUCGGUUCUGUGGACGGCAGCUUUCGAUCGAUAUGGAGUUCCCCUCAGUGACAUCUUCACCUACGGUCUGCGCCCCCAUCCGGGAAACCUGAGAUUUUCCAGGAAGAAGUGCCUCAGCCCACUAUUUUGCGACCUCCUGACAACUAUCAUGGUGCAUCCCGUUUUUCAAGGCGAUGCUCAAACGCUACGUUACAUCCUUCAGCUCGUCGUCCGCAUGCGUGUGGACAUACACACGCCGCCCAUGGGCUCCAUGCCCGACAUGGACGACUCGAAGUACGACCAAAUAAAGUUCUUGGCCGACACCCUCCUGCUCGAGGAGGAAACACCAGAGUCGCGCCUGAUUGCCCAUGCGGAUGCAUACCUCUUCAUUUCGCAGCAGCAUGGAGCCAGGUUCCACCCUGACAUUGUGAUUCUGGAGGACCUGCUCAGUGUCAGCUUCUCCAACGAGGAUUAUGCCUCCACUGCGCCACGAGACGACGCACCUCACUCAGCGUGUCUUUUCUACGUCCAGUUGUGGGACUUGAGGUUCCUUAUUGGUGUCCUGAAUGGCCUCUCAGUCCGCUCUCGGUACCUCCCAGCGGAGAGGUACAAGACUUGGUGGCUGAAGGAUACGUACAAGAUCCAGCAGUACAUUUCCGAGAAGUUGGACAGCCUGAUCCAGCAGUGGUUUCUUAGCGACGAGAGGAACUACAGGAUCCGGCAGAAGCUGAAGAAGCAAGGUUCAGGCACACGUCUGUAUGACAUUCCCGAGGAGGACUUCAGUCCCACUUACGCCCGCUCUCAAUAUGUUACUCAACAGAUGCGGGCUGUGUUCGAGGGUGACUACCUCGAGGCUAUCUGCCCACCUGAUCCGCCCGAGGGUCCUGCCGUCGAGAUUCCUCCCGACAGUGGGGAUUCCACCUUUAGGGCUUCCUCAGCUAAAACCUUGGUCGCCGAGAACCUUCCAAACAGAGAGCAAGAGCUUGGGGUUGACACUGCUGUACCACCGCCGCCACGUGCACCCAACUCGACUCAUUCAUACCACGAUUCGCCAGCAAGAAGCAUUGAAAAGGAAGACUCGAGGGACGCACUCGAGGUUCCUGCUCAGGACAAACAGCGACCCUCCCCAAUAAUCGAGAUGAAGGCAGAGGCUCAGAGCGACUCUGACGACAGGACUGGGUACCAGAGCCUCGAGGAUGGCGAGGCCUACAAUGAGCACUCCGAGGAGCAUAGCGACGAGAAAGACCGGGAGCGCUCGCGCCGUCAGGCCAGUUUUGUCUCCGUCCAGUCCCUUGAAAGCGACGCGACUGUAAGCGACUAUCAACACGACCCUUACGCCAGCGCUGCACAGGGACAAUUCGCACGUCGUGGCCUACCCCGCUCAGAACGUCAUUGA